ACUAAAUCAAUCUUAAAGCUUCUCUGGCGCGGUAGACCUGCGAAAGAUAUGGAUUUGAAAAUUCUGCUCUUGACGGUGGCGUUCUUCGUUUGUUCUAGUGCGGCCCCAACGGUGACAGAUGAGGACCGAUCGUACCUGACCUCCGUUUUGGAGAUGGUUCCGGAAUCGGAAAGGAAGCAAUUUCUCGUUCACCAGUUAUACAAAGGAUAUAUUUUAAAUCACCCAAAGGGUAUAGCAGUGACUGUGCCCGAAGAGACAACCCAAAGAUUUUACGAGCUAUUUUUGAGAUAUUUCGAAGUCGACCCAGUCGACAAAGAAGCACUCUCCCAGUUGUGUUUCCCAAGCGGUGAAUGCGUAGAUACCGACGAUCCCGGCGUAUAUCCGUAGAAUACUUUUAAUGAAUUUGAGACUGAGUAAAACUUUUCCGACGUGCUAAUAAAAAUUGUUAAUGAAGUAUGAA